UUUACAUGAAAGGUGAUAGACUCAAGCUGUAGACCUGUACUGCUCUGUGACCCUGGCUCAACGCACAGCCUGCUUGUCUGAAAGUGUCAACGAUUUCAAAGUAAGUGUGCAUUUAAAUGGACAAGAUCAGGGUUUCUUAAACUAUAGGUCGGGAUCCAAAGUGGGUCGUGAGCGAGUGAGAGAGGAAGAGAGACAUGUCUUAUGAUGAUGGACCGAGUAUGUUCCAAGACCAGCUGGCCGAGAAGGUCCGGCCCUUCAUAGACUUAAUAGACUACAUGAGAUCCAUAGGGAUAGAUAAGGAGCUGCCACUGCCAACCAUUGCUGUGGUGGGAGACCAGAGUUCAGGAAAGAGCUCUGUGCUUGAGACCCUUUCUGGGGUGGCGCUGCCCAGAGGAACUGGUAUUGUCACCAGGUGCCCACUGCUACUUAAACUCUGUAACGACAGGACAGUGAAAUGGGAGGCUGUCAUCUCAUACGGAGGGAAAGUCUUUGAAUUUGACGAACCUUCAGAAGUUGUUAGAUAUGUUGAACAAGCUCAGAACACGUUAGCUGGAAAGGGAGUGGGGAUAUGUGAAGACCUGAUCACUCUAAAGAUCACAUCCUCCACGGUGUGUGACCUCAGUCUGAUUGACUUACCAGGGAUCACCAGGGUGGCUGUGAAAGGACAACCAGAAGACAUUGGAGUCCAAAUCAAUAAUCUCAUUACGAAAUUCAUAAAGAAUAAGAGAACCAUUAUUUUGGUGGUGGUACCAUGUAAUGUUGACAUAGCAACAACAGAGGCCCUGAAAAUGGCACAAGAAAUGGAUCCUGAAGGCACAAGAACUCUGGCCAUUCUGACAAAGCCAGACCUGAUAGACCCGGGAGCAGAGAAGAAUGUGUUGGAAAUUGUCCACAAUAGAGUCAUCUUUCUCAGUAUGGGCUAUGUCAUUGUGAAAUGUCGUGUUCAAAAGCAAAUUGAUGAAAACAUGUCAAUAGCCCGUGCGAUUGAGGAGGAGUUGGAAUUCUUCCAAAAUCACGAGCACUUCAGAUCCCUCGUGCGUGAGGAGAAGGCAACCACCAAGUACCUAGCCAAAAAGCUCACCAAUGCCCUGUUCAAACAGAUCAAGACAUAUCUGCCCCAGAUGUCAGAGAAGAUAAAGGAGCAGCUGGGGGAGGUAAAGCAUUCGUUGAGUAAAUUAGAGGGCGGGCCUCCCCUUGAACCUGAAGAGAAGAGGAAGUACCUCAUUCAGGUCAUAACAGAUUUCAAUGAGCAGAUUACCCAACUGUCCAAAGGGGAUAUUAUCGUUGAGGAGAAUCUGUUUGUUCUCAUGCGAAAGGAAUUUACACAGUGGAUGAAAUGUUUGGAAAAUGACAAAUCAAACUACCACAGAGUAGUGCAACAAUUGGUGGAUGAAUAUGAUCAGGAGCACAGGGGAAGUGAGCUGCCAGGAUUCAGUAACUACAGGGUAUUUCAACAUGUUGUUCAGAAACUAGUGGCUAAACUUAAGAUACCAGCCAUGACGACACUACAGAAAAUCAGAGACAUGGUGCAAAAGCAAUUUGAUCAUUUGUCCAGAGAGAGCUUUAAGAAUUAUCCUUAUCUUCAUCUGGUCUCAAAGAAAAACAUUGAAACAAUCCAGGAAAAGCAGUCAAACAUAGUGAAGGAGAGGAUCGUGGAGCAGUUUGAGAUGGAGAUGCAGGUCUACACACAGGAUGAAAUCUUCCACAAAGUUAUGCUAGAGGCGGAAGCACAUAUUCUAGAGGAGGGGGAAAUAGCAGACGACAAAGAGCAAGACACCAGGAGCAAGUACCCUGAGCUGCUCAAGGCAUACUAUGAGAUUGUGGUACAAAGACUGGCUGACCAGGUGCCCAUGCUGAUCCGUUACUUCAUCCUGAAGCAGUCAGCCAAGAUUGUGUGCAGUGAAAUGCUGGAUCUGCUACACAGAGAUGACACUGAUAACAUCCUACAGGAGGAUUCAGAGAUCGGACAGUAUCGUGCAAAGUUGCAGGCCCAAGCGGAUCGCCUUCUACUGGCCAAUGACAAAAUCAGCAGCCUCUGAGUAGGUGAUGUCUUGUCAGUUACAAUAUUCAGAGAUCUUGAAAAUGAAACCGAUUUAUAGAAGUAUAACCAGAUUGUUGCAAAGGUCACUUUCGGCUAAAUGCUAUUUAUUUAAAUGAGAUAUAUUUAGUAUAUUUUUAUUCAACAAAUGUAUAAGAUUGGCUAAGAUCAGUGAGAUGCUGUAGAGACGACCCCAGUGAAAUCCUACAGGAGAAACCAGAGGUCGGCCGGAAACGUAAAAGGUUGUGGGACCAAGCGGUUCGUCUUGGACUGGCCAAUGAAAAGCGGAUCACCUUGGACUGGCCAAUGACAAGAUUAGUAGACUGUGGUUGACAAUUUGUCAUUGCAGAAAUUCUGAGAUGUAGCCAACAAAGCAAUAAUUAUACCUGCAUUUUAUCAGCAUACAGAACAUUUUAUAUGUUGGGCAUCUCUACAUUUGAUCAAAAAUGUGCUUAAAAGAAAAUUAUGUGACAGUUGUAUCAUCACAUAUCUGCAUUGUGUUUUAUGUUUUCAUCUCAAAAUGUACUGAGGAAAUAUGUGAAGAUGGUUGAUAACAUUAUAUAAAGUGACAAAUUAAAUCAAUGGUGUAUCCAUUUUCUGAUUGGUCAGAGCAGAUCAAUGUUGAGAAUAAUUGUAUAAUGGCAUUAUAAUAACUUGAUGCCUGUUUUAUUAAACGUGUUGAGGAUCAG